AUGGCUGUGGCCUCCACUGCCCCAGGGAGCAUCUUCUCUAAGCAGCUCCUUGUCUCUUUCCUGGUGAUUUUAAUAUUAUUUUGCGAUGCUUGUCAGAAAACUUCUCUUCAGGUUCCUUCUCAUCUUCAGGCUGAAGCACUUGUAGGCAAAGUGAAUCUGAAGGAGUGUCUCCAGUCGGCCAGCCUAAUUCAGUCAAGCGAUCCUGACUUCAGAAUUCUAGAAGAUGGCUCCAUUUACACAACACAUGACCUCAUUUUGUCUUCUGAAAAGAAGAGUUUUUCCAUUUUGCUUUCAGACACUCAGGGACAGGAACAGAAGGAGAUAGAAAUUGUACUGGAAGCAGGAGGAAGGAAGAUUCCUAAGAGAUAUCCCAAAAAUACAGACCUCAAGCGAAGCAAGAGGCGAUGGGCGCCUAGUCCGUGUUCGCUGAUGGAGAACUCACUAGGUCCAUUUCCACAGCACGUUCAGCAGGUCCAGCCUGAUGCCGCACAGAACUACACCAUCUUUUACUCCAUAAGUGGACCAGGAGUAGACAAAGAGCCCUUAAAUCUGUUCUUCAUAAAUAAAGACACGGGGGAUAUCUUUUGUAUAUGAAACAUAGACUGUGAGCAGUAUCAAGAGUUUCUGAUCUACAUCUAUGCAACUACUGUGGACGGUUAUGCACCUGAGUACCCACUCACCUUACUAUUCAAAGUUGAAGAUGAUAACGAUAAUGCCGCAUAUUUUGAAGACAAAGUGACUGUCUUUAGUGUGCCUGAGAAUUGCCAAACCGGUAAGAACUUCAGUGGGAACACUGCCAUAGACCUCGAUGAACCUGACACUCUACAUACUCGUCUGAAAUAUAAAAUCUUACAGCAAAUUCCAGACAAUCUAAAGCAUUUCUCCGUACAUCCAGACACAGGUGUCAUCUACACGUUUACUCCUUUUUUUCAGAAAUGUGAUAUGUACAAGUUAAUAAUGGAAGUGCGAGACAUGGGGGGCCAAUCUUUUGGUUUAUUUAAUACAGGAACAAUUACUAUUUCGCUUGAGGAUGAAAAUGACAAUUCACCAUGUUUUACAGAAACUUCUUAUUUUACAGAAGUAGAAGAAAACAGAAUUGACUUUGAGAUUUUACGGAUGGCGGUGUAUGACCAGGAUUUGCCAAACACACCUCACUCAAAAGCUGUAUACAAGAUACUACAGGGAGAUAAAAACUGCAACUUCAAAAUUAGCACAGACCCAAAUACAAAUGAAGCGGUCUUGUGUGUUGUCAAGUCAUUGAACUAUGAAGUCCAUCGCCAAAUGGUUUUGCAAACUGGUGUACUUAACGAAGCACAAUUCUCUAAAGCAACAAACUCACAAACUCCUACUAUGUGCAUUACAACUGUCACUGUUAAAGUUAAAGACCAUGAUGAGGGCCCCGAAUGCCAACCACCAGUAAAAGUUAUUAAGAGUAAAGAUGGUCUCCCCGUGGGCACAACACUCCUUGGAUACGAAGCAGUGGAUCCGGACAGCGGCACUGCUGAGGGCUUAAGGUAUAAGAAGAUAAGAGAUGAAGAUAACUGGUUUGAAAUUAAUGAAUACACUGGUGACUUGAAAACUGUAAAAGCUAGAGAAUCAGCAUUUGUAAAAGACAACCAAUACAAUGUUUCCGUGAUUGCAAUGGAUGCAGAUAACAGAUCUUGCCCUGGAACAUUAGUAGUUCUUUUGGAAGAUGAUAAUGAUUACCCACCACAAAUUGAAAAAGAAGUGACAAUUUGUCGGCAUGAUAAGGAUUUUGCUGUUCUCAAACCUGUAGAUCAAGAUGGACCUGAUAAUGGGCCACCUUUUCAAUUCAUUCUCGAUAAUUCUGCCAGCAAACUUUGGACAAUAGAGACAUUAACGGAUGGUAAAACUGCCAUUCUUCAUGAACUGCAAAAUCUUGAUUAUAACUAUUAUUCUGUGCCUCUCCAAAUAAAAGAUAGACAUGGCGUUUCUGCAAAACACAUGUUAUCAGUGAGAGUAUGUGACUGUACAAUUCCAUCUGAAUGUAGAAUGACUACUAAAGUGCCGAGCGAUGCAAGGCGAUCAAAUGCAAUACUUGGAAGAUGGGCUAUUCUUGCCAUGGUGUUGGGUUCUGCAUUGUUGUCAUGUAUUUUGUUUACAUGUAUCUGUGUUACUGCUAAGAGUACAGUAAAGAAAUGUUUUCCAGAAGAUGUAGCCGAGCAAAACUUAAUUGUAUCAAAUACUGAAGCACCCGGAGAAGAAGUGAUGGAAGCAAAUAUUAGACUCCCCACACAGAAAUCCAACAUCUGUGACACAAGCCUGUCUGUUGGCACACUUAGUGGCCAGGGAGUCAAAACACAUCAAAGUUUUGAUGUGGUCAAAGGCUGCUACACUUUGGAUCCCAUCAAAGGAGGCAGACAUCAGACCUUGGAAUCUGUCAAGGGUGUAGGACAAGGAGUGACGGACACCAGCAGAUACACAUACACCGACUGGCACAGCUUCACCCAACCUCGGCUUGGCAAAAAGGUGUAUCUGUGUGGAAAAGACGAGGAGCAUAAACAGUCUGCAGACUACGUCCACUCCUCUAACUAUGAAGGAAAAGAGUCUGUGGCCGGCUCAGUUGGCUGCUGCAGUGAUCAGCCGGAAGAAGAGGGGUUUGAGUUUCUAGAUCAUCUGGAACCCAAAUUUAGGACCCUAGCAAAGACAUGUGUAAAGAAAUAA